AUGUCCCAAAGCAAGAGUAUAUCACUCCAGCCCGCUCUCCCCACCGACGCCACCAUCCUCGACGAAAUCCACAGCAAAGCCUUCCCCAAUGACAUUCUCCUUGAGGUCAUGUACGGCCCUCGCGAAGAAAACGCCGUAGGUUUGGCUAAUGACUUGGAGAAAGCCAUCCGCGAAAACCCCUACGCUCGAUUUCUGAAGGCUGUUGAUGACGAGUCGGGUCGGAUUGUGGGAUGGUCAUGGUGGAUUAUCUACCGCGAUGCUGAGGCCCAUAUAAAAGCGGAACAGGAGGCAGUGAAGAAGCGCGCCACGCCACCGCCGAGAUCGAUUUGUCCGCAGGCAUGUUUGGAGUAUCGUCAGACGGUGGUGCAGAAGAGGGAAAAGUGGAUUGGGGGUAAAGCGGUUGCGAUCCUACAGAUCUUGGUGGUUCAUCCAGAGUAUCAGGGUCGCGGCAUCGGAACCAAGUUACUAAUGGCCGGGGUGGAAGAGGCAAAGCGUCUCCAGCUACCGGCAUGGUUAGAGGCUUCGCGGGCUGGUUAUACACUCUACAAGAGAUGUGGGUUCCGUGAUGUCGGCGAGAAUCUAGAUCUUGACUUGGCCAAAUACGGGUCCACGGGACAGAAGCACGGAUAUUGCAUGCUGAUGGAUGCUGUCGAUGUCAACUAA